AUGUUCCACAGUGUGUGCUGUAACCGCUGGUCUUCUGACGAGAGGCUGGAUGGAAAAACAGUCAUCAUCACUGGGGCCAACACCGGCAUUGGCAAAGAAACAGCCAGGGACCUGGCGAGAAGAGGCGCACGCAUCGUGAUGGCAUGCAGAGACCUCGAGAGAGCAGAGGAGGCGCGGACGGAAAUUCUGGAAGACACGGGAAACGAGAACAUCACCAUCAGGAAACUGGAUCUGUCCGACACCAAGUCCAUCAGAGCGUUCGCUGAGCUCAUUAACAAAGAGGAGAAGCAAGUGAACAUCCUGAUAAACAACGCAGGCAUCAUGAUGUGUCCCUUCUCCAAGACUGUGGACGGCUUCGAGCUGCAGUUGGGAGUCAAUCACUUGGGUCACUUCUUGCUCACUCACCUGCUGCUGGACCUCAUCAAGCGUUCAGCUCCGGCCCGUAUCGUGGUCGUGGCGUCGGUGGCCCACACCUGGACGGGGCUCCGGCUGGAUGACGUCAACAGCGAGAGGAGCUACGACACCAUGAAGGCGUACGGACAGAGCAAGCUGGCCAACGUCCUGUUUGCUCGCUCACUGGCCAAACGGCUCCAUGGAACCGGGGUGAGCGUGUUCUCCCUGCAUCCGGGGGUAGUGCAGUCCGACCUGUGGAGGCACCAGCACCAGUGCAUCCAGGUGGCCGUGAAGAUUUUCCGGAUUUUCACCAAGACGACAGUGGAGGGAGCUCAGACCACCAUCUACUGCGCCGUGGAGCCCGGCCUGGAGAGUCAGAGUGGGGGCUACUUCAGUGACUGUGCCCCCGCACGCAGCUCGAGGGCGGCCUCCGAUGACGACUCAGCAAACAAACUGUGGGAAAUCAGCUGCAACAUGCUUGGCAUCACCUGGCAGUGA